AUGAUCCCCGCUCUAUUGGCCACGUUAAUACCGUUCGCUCUGGUCGUCGGCCGCGUGUUAGCCAGCGACGAUAUAUUCUCAUUGCCCCACAAGAGCAACCACAGCGAGGAGCUCCUAGAGGAGUAUGGAAAGUUUCUGCUGUCCGCGAUGAAUCGCAGCAUCGAUCCCUGCGAGAACUUCUACGAGUACAGCUGCGGAGGCUGGAAGAAGUCGGAGCUGGUGCCGGAGAUGGCCAGGAACACGAGCUUCCUGUCGGCCGUUCAGGCGAAGAUCGAUGAGCAGGUCCUGGGCUUUCUGCAGAACGUCACCCAAAAGGAGCUCCAGGAACUCGGCCCAAACGGCACCAGAUCUGCGGAGGUGAAAGCCAAGCAGUUCUUUGCCAGCUGCCUGGAAGUGAAGGCCAACAUGUCCCUGGGCUAUCAGCAUCUGGAGCAGCAAGAGGACGAUCGCCUCAAAGAUCAGGCUUCAGCCAAGAAUGAGUCUUUGGACUGGGUUUACAUCAACUUCAUGUCCAAAUACGACGUCUAUCCCUUGCUGCCGCUCAAAGUCCACUAUAGUACAUCCUCCAGGAAGUUCGAUGUGCUGCUGUCUCCGCCUGUCAAGGUCCUGGCGACCUACAGCGAUGAGCAUCUGAAGAACAUGACACGGGAUUUCGGUUGGGAAGCCAACCUGGAAAAGGCCAAACAGUUCGUGGAGAGUUACGUCAAUCUCUCUGCCUUCGAGAAGAACCUUACGGCCCUCGGCAGGACUCGCAACGAAACGGAGAAGCUCAGCCUGAAGGAGUUCCUGGGCAAACACAAGCAGGAUCGCCUCAAUUGGACCCGCUUCUUCGAUGUGGCCUUCAACGGCACCCAGGACUCCAGCUGGCCCGUGAUCAAUCAACUCGACGGCGUCAACGAUCUGGUGUACUUCCUGGAGCAGACCCCCCUUGAAACCCUGCGCUCCUACGUGAAGAUGCGUGUCCUGCUGAAGUUCUAUGCCCUCUGGAAGACCCAGACCAAAGCGGGGGGCGUUCAGAGCGAGUGCCGCUCUCUGACAGAGACCUACUUCAACUACGCCAUCCUUCCGUGGUUCAUUGGGAAGGUGUUUGACAAGCACAGACGUGCAGACAUCCUCGGUGUGGCCAGGGACAUCAAGGACACGUUCUACGACCUGCUGGACCACCACACCUGGCUGGACGACGAGACCCGGUCGCAGGCCAAGACAAAGCUCGCCUCGAUGGAUAUCCUGGUGGGCUACACCGACGAUCUGCAGCACCGCGAGGUGCUCGAUCACGUGUACAGCGAGAUCAACAUGACCGGCAACUGGUGGGAGAACCUCUGCACAAUCGAGGGCAGCAGGGCCAGCAUACGUCUCCGAUCGGUGGACAAGGCUCUGAUACCUCUGCUGAUGCCCACGCGGACGGUGAACGCCUACUAUGCGGACUUCCUGAACCUCGCCUUCAUCACCAUCGGCAUGGCCCAGUGGCCCUUCUACCACCGGGACUUUCCCGACGUCCUCAAGUACGCCGGCGUUGGCAACAUCAUCGGCCACGAGAUGGCCCACGGCUUCGACUCGUACUGCUACCAGUACAACUACGACGGCAAGAGGGUCAACUGGUGGUCGGCCACCUCGCUGAGGAACUUCAAGGAGCGCUACCGCUGCCUGGAGUCGCAGUACAACAAGUUCAUCCUCAUGGGCGUCCAGACCAACGGCAGUCUCACCUCCGGCGACAACAUAGCCGACAAUGUCGGCACCCGCAUGGCCUACUACGCCUACAAGAGGAAAUCCGGGGACAAGGCCUGGCUGGAGAGGCCCCUGCGCGGCGUCGACUUGAACAACAAACAGCUGUUCUUCGUGAAGUUCGCCCAGACCUGGUGCAAUGGCAAGGACAGCGGCUCCAGGGUCAGGAAACUGAAGACCGAUGUCCAUGCCUACGACGAGUUCCGGGUCCAGGGCACGCUCAGCAAUAUGCCCGAGUUUAGUGAGGCCUUCGGCUGCAAGUUGGGGGCCGAAAUGAAUCCGCUCAAAAAGUGUGUCGUUUGGUGA